AUGGCACAGUUCGUCCCCCGCCGUUCAUUUGGCGUCCCUUCAUCAGUUCCAAAAUCCUACUUCCUGGGCCAUCACCACGCCGCUGUCAGUAAAUUGAAGACGGUUCUCUCAAGGAUAUCUCUCGUCAUUGAGUGCCGGGACUUUCGACUGCCUUUGUCAACUCACAAUCCCAUCCUUGAAAAGGCAGUCUCCGGCUGCCCAAAAAUCAUCGUAUAUACAAAACAUGAUCUAGGUAGCGAUAGUCCUGGCGCCCGGCAAUUGUUGCAGAAGCUGCAUGGUCGGCGCGCAUUGUUUUGGGACAAGAACCAUCCCUCAACCACAGCCUCGCUACUGAAACGACUCAAAGAGACUGCUUACGAAGUAGACUCAAUAACAGGGCUGUGUGCGCUGAUAGUGGGCAUGCCCAAUGUGGGUAAGAGUACGUUGCUAAACGCCCUUAGAAGCACUGGGACAACGGGCAGGACGACCAAAGUAGCCAAGACAGGUGACCAAGCAGGCGUAACCCGUAAGAUCGGAACAAGCGUUCGCGUGGUUGAACCGGAAGAGAGAGGGGGGGUUGGCGCUGGUGUAUAUGUGCUCGAUUCACCAGGAGUCUUUCUCCCGUAUGUCGAAGAUGGAGAGACGAUGAUCAAAAUCUCUCUUGUACAGGGUAUCAAGAAAGGCCUCAUACCAGAUGAGAUAUUGGCAGACUACUUGCUGUACAAGAUGAAUCUCUGGGAUCCCCACCUCUACCAUCGGUACUGCAGUCCAACAAACGAUAUUCACGAAUUCUUGCUUGCUGUGGCGAAGCGGGAUGGCAAGCUGAAGGCUGGUGGUGUCCCAGAUAUGGGAGAAUCUGCAGCCAGGGUAUUGUCCGAGUGGCGGAAGGGCAAACUGGGCAAAUAUGUAUUGGAUGACCUCUCUGACGAAGCCCUUCAACGUCAUGAGCUGAUGGCGGCCAGUCCCCCGGUAAGCCUCAACCAAGGGAAAAAAGCAUGGAAAGAGCAGAGGAAAGAAAACAAUGCAUAG